AUGGGAAACCAGUUAUAUCCCAGUUUGAAAGAACUAACACAAAUGAAUCGGGAAGUGCAGGAUAAUCCUCCAACCGCUCCCCAGACGCCACCUUCGCACUUCCAAAGAACACCAGAGCACGCCCCGCAAGGAAUACCACCGCAACAUGCCCAAGGGUCUCCGCAGAAACGCCCGCAGAGGGUACCAUUGCAACACUCUCAAGGAGUACCGCAGCAGCACCCUCUGGAAGUAAAGAAUAGAUCUGCAAAGGGAUUCAUGGAUAAAGUGAAUGAUCAAAUGAAAUCACCCAUCAUUAAGAAUGAACAUCCGUUCAUGCCUCAUUCAUCCCAUACAUUCAAUAAUGUUAUUUUGAAUAAACAAGGUAACUAUUUGGAUCUCAAGCAAAGAGAUGGCUUACUAUCGGCAAAGUUUAAGUUAGAGUCACCCGACCAUAAUGCCACGGAAUUGUUAGAUUACCUUUCUAACAAUGUAGCUACUUGUACUGUAAGGUGGAUAUCAGUGUCAAAAGAACAAAGUAGAGGUCAAAUGCAUUUUGAUUGUAAGUUUGAUGUGAAGGCUGACGGCUUUAGCGGAGAGACUCCUAUCGUUGUGCAUAUCGUUGGAUUUCCAAAUACCACUCAGGCUAUAAACAUCAGUACGAAUGGCUUUUCUUUUCAUAGAGAAUUCAAUAAUAUAUUUUCAUUAAAGCGUGAUAUUAUGUCUGCAUUGGGAAAGGAUCCACUUCACAAAUGCAGAUUUACUAAAGUAAACGGGAAAAAAUUUAAAGAUGAUGAUAGUGCAUACAAAGCUUUAACAGGGCAUAUAGAGAACGGUGUUCCUCAGGUUAUUUUGGAGGUUGAACCCUUUAUUAAAAUGGAUAUCAACAUUAAAAACCCGUUCUCCAGGACAGUAGAUCACUUUAUCUACAACGCAGAUUAUGUUACACUGAGUGAAUACAAGAAACUGUUAAAAAAAGAAGUGAAUGCACAACGAUUCGCAUCAAAAAUCCUGGGUGUUGAUACAUUACAUUUUUCAUUGGUUGCCAUAAAUAAAAAAUUUUUGAAUCCACAAAAGUAUAAGUUCAAGUAUUUUAAAAAUAUGCCACUGGCAAUGAAUACACUUUGGACAUUUUCACCAUAUGUACAGGUAAGGUUCCAUCUUUUAGAAGCUGUAGUUUCUACUCAUUUUUACCCAGUAACCGCUUUUAUUAAGAAUAUUGUGCAUGAUGGUGAGGUGAUUAUCAAAAAGAACCGAAGGAACAUGAAAACGGAAUACAAGUUAUAUUCGUACGCAGUCCCUGGUUGUCUUGAAGAAGGAGGUGAUGUAUAUACUUUGAUUAGGCAGCAAAAGGUUUCUACACUGGAUACACUACCGUUGAGUGAGUCUUGUGUUAGUAGAAAUUCGCUAGAGUUGAAUUUGUAUUACCUAAAUGAUAAACCAACUAUGUUUAAUCUAAAGGUUGAAAUAUUAAAUCCGGACAACAGUGUGUCACUUGUAAGGCCACUGACAGUCAACUAUGUUGAAACUGCGAGAUUAGCAUAUUUGAAGGAUGCGAUUAUUUUGGCACUUGAGAAGGAUGGCCACCUAGUCUCCAGGGAUGAUUUGGCAUUUGUUAAUAUAAGAACAUUUAAAGGAGAAAUUCCCAAUGACCAAACAUUUAUUGCAGAUAUCGCAAAUAUUGUUAAAGAACAAAAGUUGGGGAAAACUUCGCACAUAAUCCUUAAAGCAUCACCUAAAAUUGAGGGCAUAUUUACUGAUUCUGGUGGGCAUGUUAGAAACUUCAAGAUCCAUUUAAAUACAACACAUCCAUCUACACAAGACAUUGAGAAUGCGUACGAGGCAGCGCUUCAUAACUACAAUAUUCUUAGACCAGAGGAACAUAUACAUAGCCAUAUUAGAUUCCAUCCCAUGGAUUCCAAGAACAGGGUUAAUAUGCGUAUCAACAUUAAUAGUGAUGGUAAUUAUUUGCCUCCUGGGACUAGAGCUGACAGAAUUGCCGCGGAAUCAGAUUUUAGAGUGGAAAUUCCUGUAAAUUUUGAAUAUGGGAAUAACAAAAGAAUCAAGUUUACAGUUAAGAUUCCGUAUGGUGCAUCAGAUGAACAGCUGCAAAAUAUAAUCUUUGAUGAGCUAAGAAAGAGAGGUUACAAGGAAUCGACCCAAAGAUUGUAUAUAGCUGUUGAGGGGAACAAUAACAAAGACAUAGGAAAGCUGUGGGAAAAUGGCCUAAAUCCAAAUGUAUCAUUGUACGCCCAACCUACAGUCCCUGUUGAUGUUAAUGGUAUAGUUCAUGAUACACCUGUUCAUUUUUCUGUGAACGUACAUCCUCAUGAAUCACUUGAUGAACUUGAUUCUACCAUAUUGUUUGGAAUGAAUUCAAAUCCUCAAUUGCACAAGUGGUUUGAAUCGGAUCCAAGACACGCAGGUGAAAUUAACACAAUAAUCACGGAUAGUACUGGAAAGGCAUAUUCAGACGAUGAUUUGAAGGGCGGAGAUUUACUCUUCAAUCAUACAGAUAGAAUUACCUUGGGUGUUUCAGAUCACCCAUUAGAUUUGAUAUGGAAAGAUCCCCUUACUACUAAAGAAUUCACUUUUUGUUUCAGUCAAAGAGGUGAUGGAACAUGCCGUGGUGUUCCUCCCAGCAUUUUGUCAAAAUUCACUAUGCAAGGAGUUGGUGACUUUUUAAUGAGAAUGAUGAAAAAGGAUGAUACAUAUGAAAAGGUAGUCAAAAAUGCAGUUAAGAAUAGGGGAGAUUUAACCUCAACUGUCAAACUAUUGGAAAUACGUACCAUUGAUGGAACCGUGAUAAAUUGUAACGAGCUUCCCCCAGAUAGUACUUUUACGCUUCUUGAAUAUUUGUAUGGCAUACAGAGUAGUCAUAUAGGAGCCUUGGUGUUUAGUCUUAUGACACGUGAAGAACACGCUAACUUGUCAGAGCAUUUCACAGGCCAUCACCCGCAUAAUGUUAUAUUUUCCAAAUCUUCUGGAGAUAACGAAUCACAUCUUGUUGCAUCCGAUGAUUUGGGACCAAACGAACUGGAGAAUGUUAUAUACAAAUAUUUCUCCUCGGUUCCAUUUGGCUCAGACUUAAGUGACAUCAUGAUAAAUGACAAACCCUAUGAUGGUAGAAACAUGUCAAGUCUAUAUAAUUCGUCGAAUGGUGGGAAUACACCUAUGCGGGUUUCAUUUAAGCUAAAGGAUGACCACCAAAGGCCACAUGUUCCAAUAAUUGAUUCUGUAAAGAUACAACCAAAGUUUGAUGAGACGAUCAGGGAUUACUUUGAAAGAGCAAUGAAUGAACCUGGUGAUUAUGGACUCUCUCCUUUACAUUCAUACAGUGUAACUUGUAUAGAUGAGAAUGGAAAGGUAGUGUCCGUGCAAAAUCUUCUUGAUAUUCCUAUUAUGAAUCUUAAAAUGUGCAAGUCAUUACACUUCACAAAGGGACCAGCUACUGGACCAAGUGCUCCACCACAUAUCACUAUUGCUACAUCUGGUAAAAAUCAUGGACUAUCAGAGCCACUAGAACUGAGACCAAAUUCUGAUGAUAUACGAACAAUAAAUUCAAAGAUUCGUAAUUUUCUUAUAAGGGUUCCAGAAGAUCAUAUGGGUGAUGUUAAUAUUCUAAUUAACGGACAACCAGUAAAAUGCUCCUUGGAAGCAUUGCGUGAGGCAUAUAUCGUAAGGAACAUAACAUUAGACAAACUAUUGGAUCUUUGCAUGAAAAAAGGACAAGAACCUGAUUUAUCUACGGUUACCCUAAAGUUAGAGAUGUCGGAAAAGGAUUUAGAAAACCCAAAUGGUUCUAUACUCACAAAUGGUUUGGGUGGUGACAAUAGUCCACCUAUUGCACAGUUUACCUUGAAGAAUGGGCGUUCAGAUUUGGGAGUUAGUUCCUUGGUAAAAAUCACACCUGGUUCGCUAAAGUCACCUCUUAAAGACUUCAAUUCCAGAAUAACAAAUAUGUUUGGAUCUUCAGUUUCUAAUAUUCUGGGUAUAUUCUUGUCCAUUACAAAGAAUGGUAGGACUUAUCCUUGCCACCUUUCUAAGAGUUUAACAAAAUUAGAAGAUUUUAGAAAAGUUUUAUUGUUGGAUAUAUUUAAAGCAUGUGGAAUUCCUGUACACAUUCCAGAAAAUGGCACAUUUUACCAUUUUAAUGCACAUGUGAAAUUUUUUGAUGAAACCAAGAUACAAACGAACUCUAUGGGAGCGAAUGUACCAAUGGAUAUAUCUUUCAAUGAUGAUGACAGACUGUCUUCUGUACAUUAUGAUGAAGAUCUGCAUGUACCUAUUGUUGAUUAUCUAUACGACAAUCCAAACAUAGAUUUAUCUCAUAUGGAUCAUUACAAGUUAACUAUAAAUGGAGAAGAACCUACUCAUACCAUGAAAACAAAAGUUUACAAUAUGAAAAAUUUGCCAAGUAAAAUGUCUUUGCAUGAUAUUUUCCCACAUGAUUCCAUUACGAAUGUAAAUUUACAGAUUAAUGACAUAAAUGAUGAUAAUCUAUCAGGAGAUUGGAAAACGGAGACGGUAUCUCCUGCAGAGGAUUUUAAGACAAAUUUUGAAAGCUUAAAACGACAGAUCAUAUUGAGGUUGAAGACUAUGCAUGGUGACCAUCUUAAUACAAUCAAUAGUUUUGUUGUUAAAGUUGGUAUAAACGGUGUUAAGCAUAAGUGUCAAAUCGAUAAUCUCGCGAAGUUUGUCUCUAUGUCACUUAAAGAAUUUAUGGCAAACUGUGUUAAUAUUGACAAUGUUCACAAUAAUCCAUCCAUGACAUUUGGAGUUUCAUAUAAACAUCCAAAUGAGAAAAAGGUAUUUAAUGUAAAGUGUGUUUGUGUUGAUCAAUCUACGGUGUCGGCAAAACACAUUUUGGAGGAUGAUACAUUACCUGAACACUUGAUGAAGAGUCUCUUUUCCAAAUAUACAGGCCAGGUGCUGAGACAAGUACAAUGGAGUGUAUUUAUAAAUAAUGUACAAGGUGAUUGUCAUAUAGAUGAUAUAACUAAAAAAAUAAAGAUGGGUGAUAUCAUAAGAAUAUGCGGUGUUGAUGAUAGUGCAUCUGAUAUUUACAACAUUACAUUCCUUGAUUCGGAUGCCGAUGAUAUAGGAUUAUACAACAUGAAUAUGAGCUUUACGAACCACGGAAAGGAUGAUGUAAAAAGUGGAAGGAUUCCUACAAAUAGACACAGUGACGAACAGAUAACUAUAGAGUCUCCAAUCCAUAUUACUAUGCCCAAAGACUAUUCUGGACCAAAAGUUACUACAAAUCCUCAUGAUAGCUUGAAUGACUACGUCAGAAAUGUGAUAUUUCAGGAAGAUAAGCAAAAUCCAGGAAAGCCAGUAAAUAUAAAAAUGUACGCAAAUAACCACUUGUACGAUAUGAAUGAUAUCCCAACCAAGAUAUUCAAUUCUCCUACUUCUCACCUAAACGGGAAAGUAUCAUUAAUUGUGGAUGAAGAUCCAAACGGGGACUUACAAGGAACAGUUACAACUCUACACUUUCCGCAAAUAUCAAAACCACUUUUGGAAUAUCUGACCAUGAUAAAGAAAAAGGAUCCAAGUUGGCAGAAUAAAACAAUAUUCCUGGUAAAUAAGGAUAGUAUGAUCAAGGAGGGUCAUAUUCCCAAUGACUUACUCCUAAAACCUGUAUCUGAACUAGACAGUCUUGGGUAUUCCAUCUCUAUUUCUAAUGACGAUGUUCCAAUAAAGAAAGAAGAAUCCAUAUUUGUGAAUUUCAUAUCAAAGGAUGGUGUAAAUAGUUCAACAAGUUUAAGUGACUUACAGGAAUCGCUACAUGCCUUAUUUGAAAAGAUUCCGGGAGGAGUCGUGGAUAUGGAUAAAGUAGGUAAUGCCAAGUUUAGAAUAAUUAUAGAUGGGUUUAACGUAAACUGUCCAAUAGAUAACAUUAACAUGUUGUCGGGUUCAAUAUCAUUGCAAAACUUACUGAAUGUUUGCGGAGUUACUGAUCUGGAUCAUUCCCACAGUGUUACUAUUUAUUUUGAUGCACCGAUAUCCAAAGAUAAAAAAUCACAUGACAUAAAAUUUAACGUUAAUUUAGAUGAUAAGCAAGGAGAAUCACGAAGUGUUAACUAUGGUUCAGAGUUUACUCUAAACAAGAAUUCUACAGAUUUCUUGAAAAAGAAGGAUGGACAUGUUUUUGUUGAUGUACAAUCUGAUGACGGUUAUGAUGAAUUUAUAGAGGUUGAUAGUCAAAAAUUCCUCGCCCUUUUGAGUGGUCAUCCAGAUGUAACAAGUAUGUUGCUAAAGCUGGGUAUAGCGCAGGAGCAUUUGGGUGGAUUACACUCGUUAAAUCUCAUAUUAUCCACUCUGACAAAGGCUUUGCAGGGCCACCAAAAAUUUUCUGUGAACAAUGAUACAAAUAUUCCUUUCAAGAUCAAUGAACCAAUAUCGCAAUCUCCCUAUAUGCAGAAGUUUAGGGACGCUCUGCUAAAAGAUAAGAACGUAAAUCUAACGGUCGUUGCUGAAUUAGCCAAUGGAGUUGUAGAAACAUUUGAUUUACCUAAUAAAGAAUUCAUACAUGCGCUGAAUGGGAAUCUCACAUUUAGGGAUUUAGCUCUUUGGGGUUUAUCUGCGGAAGAUGCAGAUAUGAUAAAACAAUUGAGAUUUAACACAAGUGAACCAAUUUCACUGGAUGAUGAGAAAAAGAGUCAAAGUACAAAAAAAGGUAAUGAAAGCAAGAAAAGUAAAGAAAAAGCACCAUCUAUGACAAAGGAAUCAUUGUUAACCAGCUUAAAGGUAUUUCAAGAAGCGGCGAAUGAUCCACAAAAGAGCAUUACAUUAUCGGUAAAAAUAAAUGACGGGAAGACAUAUGAAAUUAUAGUAAGAAACUCAACAAUAAAGAACGCUAUGGAAAACAAUGCGAAAAUGGCCGAUUUGCUAUCAAAUUAUAUGCCAAAAGAUGAUAUAGAACAGGUCAAUUCUAUAUCUGUAAAUUUACAGGAGCAGACUUCAACAUUUUAUGUACCACUAAAAAAACAUAAACCUAUCGCUAUGCCAAUAAUGGCAUCUGAUGAACCUAAGCAGUGUAUGAUACAAGAAUUUAAAAAUCCUUGGAAUCCAUCCGAAUCUCUAUGGAAAAACUACACUAUCAAAGAGGCGGCAGAUGCCUACGCAGACUACUAUAAAAUAGAUAAGAAAGUUAAAGGUUUAUACUUAUUGCGGAAGGAGGAUCAUAAUAAUAUGUCAGCAAAGAUACUGUUUGAUGAGGUACAAAAGCCUUCCGAGAAGAGUCUUGAUCGCAAUGUAGGUGAAUAUAUAAGUAAAGGAUAUACACUCUUUAUACGGUACAAAGAUACUGGCGAAUUAGCCCCGUAA